CAUGAAUGCCAGCGAUUCGCAAGACCCGGCUGGCCAGCCCCGGCGUCGGAGGCUGUCCUUCGUGGCUGUGCACCCGGAGACCGCAAAUGACCCGCACAUCCUCUCCUCGCCGAUGGUUGCUUGCAGCCAAGACAGCGAGCUCUUCGCGCAUGCUCCUUCGGUGACUGACAGCUGCGGCGGCCUGGCCACCACACCACCUCCCCCUUCCGCCGCACAGGACACCCUUCUCCACUACCCCCCUGCCUCGGCGCCCUUCAGCCCGCCCUCGGCACCCCUCGGCGGCGGCGGCAGCAGCAACAGCAGCCUCAGUGGCCCCUCCUCCGUGGCGGACUUAUUUUCCACCCCUCGACGCGGCACCAUGGCCGACCCUUCACCCUCGGCCGCACCCUCGGGCACUUCGUCGGCCGUGGCUCCGGCUUCGCCGGCCUGCUCCACUCCGGGCGCCAGCACGCGGACCCCUCCACAGACGGUGGCCCCGCCGGCCCCCUCGCCGGUGUCACUGACCUUCGGCCUGCCCGGCAUGGACUCAUCGGUGGCUGCGGUCCCUGGGCCGGCGGCACCGGCGCUGUCCCACGGGUCGACCGCCUCGGCAUCGGGGGUUUUCAUCUCCCCCUCGCGACUCCGGUCGUACAACCUCUUCAUGAUGGAUCCGCCCCAGUCGCCCAAGACCCCGACAAAGUUCGGCCUCUCGGGCUCCGGGCUCAGCCCGCGCAUGUCCCCCACUCGGGCAUCCAAGUCUAAGGAUCACACGGCCCGCCUGACUCCGGGCGGUCGCCUGGGCAGCCCCCUGCGUGAUGUUGCCACCUUCCUCAAGGAGGAGUCGGACAAUUUCAAUGAACUGCUCAAGUCCCCCGAGCGGUACCCCAUCAUUCCCGAGGAGGAGCUUGCUGCCCUCGGGUUGCAAUCCAACCACGGUGAUGGGUUUGCCUCGCCCACCCGGCCCGGAAGCACCCGGCGUGCCGGGACCUUUGAAGGGUCCCCCACCCGGGGGGUGGGCUCGCCGACGUUCGGGUUUUUUGGCUCGCCACCUGGGGCCUUCGCCGGCGGCGCCGGAUCAGCCGGAUCUCCGAUACUCCUGUCUUCCAGCGGGGCGACGUCGCUGAUGUCCCCGCCAGGGGGGGUCGGCUCUGCCAGCGGCAUCAGUGUUCAGUCGCCGCCCACAUCGCGCAUGCUUCCCGGCUCGCCGUCGGCCAUGAUGGGCGAGGACGCGCCCUUUGCAUCGCCCCCACCGCGGUCGCCGAAGCCCCUUCUGUCGGCCAGCGGCCGGCCGAUGUUGUCGUCGCCGCCGCAUGAUGGCAUGCUGGCAGCGGCUUCGGCCACGAUGGUAACCACCUCCGGGCCCGGUGGUGGGGCCAGCAGCCGGGACUUUGACGAUCGGCCGCCCCCUCAGUCGCCGGUUCCCGGCGAUCGCGGCCUGUCGCUGACGGAUGUGUCGCCAGCCGUGCCGGAUGCGGCCAUGCUCCAUCCGGACUCCGGGUGCGCGCAUCUGGAGAUCGACGACGCCGAGGGGUCCCUUCCCAGCGGCUGGGCCACCAAGCAGCCGGUCAAGCAGCCACAUGUGGCGCCCAUGCCGGAGGACUUGGCUUCCGAUGCGUCCAUGUCGCCGGACAUGUCGGCCCGGUCGCCGCCCCCCUCGUCGCUGCUGUCCGGAGCCGGGUCGCCAUCGUCAGACACCUCCGAGUCCGGGCUCUCCGGGGGCCCGGCAUCGGACUUGGUGCUGGUGUCGCCGCCGCCAGCGACCGGCAGCACCUCCUCGACCACGCCGGCGGCCGCGGCCCUGUCCGACCCCUCUUCUUCCGCCUCUUCGGAGGAUGUGGUCAUGCUGGGGACCAGUCCGCGCCCGAUCAGCGCCGGUAGCGGCAGCGGCAGUGACCCGGUUCCGGCAACCGCUGGCACCGGCGCCGGCACCGGCACCCCGGCCACCGCACUGGCCGCGCGCAUCCCCCAGUUUUACUUCCCCUUCGGCCGGCCGGAAGAGGCCGCACCGCUGGUCAGUGGGUCUUCCUCUUCGUCGUCGCUGUUGGCCCUCUUUGCCGGGAGCUCGGCCGAGCCAGACCGUGCCAGCCCCAAAUUCCUGGCCCAGGUGAUUGCCCCGCUCUUCCGCGCCAACGGCGGUGUCCUCGGCGAGCAGAAUUUCCUCGAGGUAACGCGCGCCUGUGGGCUAUCGCCCUUCCUGAACCUGUCGCUAUUUAUGCGUGCUGGGCAUGGAGCCAUGGGUGCCCCGGCCCCGGGGACAGCCCCCCCGAUCGAGGUCGAUUCCGACUCGGACUCGGACAGCGACUCGGCCGGCUCGGGGGCCGGCUCGACGGCCGCCCUGCCACACUACAGCGAGGUCCCGGAGUCCGUGUCGUAUGAGAGCUUCUGUGACUUCUGGACGACGCUGCACCGGGAGCGCCACUGCCCGGCAAGCCGGACAUUUGCCAUCAUCGCCUCGGGCGGGCUGUAUGCCACGCACCUGACGAACCGGUGCUUCGCGCCCGUGGUCCUCUCCGUGGUCAACCUUCACCCGAAUUUGGAUUUCCUGCGCGAGGCGUCGCACUUCCUGAACCGCUACGUGCAGACCGUGUGCAUCCGGGUGUUCUACCACAUCGACCGGGGCCGCUACGAUCGGAUCACCCUGGCCCAGUGGCGACGCGCGCGCCUGCACGACCUGAUCGCCCAGCUGGAGCGCAUCAAUGUCAGCGAGAGCGACGACUUCUUCUCGUACAAGCACUUCUAUGUGAUCUACUGCAAGUUCUGGGAGCUGGACACCGACCAUGAUGGGGUCAUCAGCCGGGCGGAUUUGCAGCGAUACGAGGGGGGCACCCUGACCAGCCGCAUCGUGGACCGGGUAGCCCGAGGCUGGGGGCUGUGCGCGCCGAAGGCCCACACCCAGUGCAUGAACUAUCACGAGUUCUGCUGGUUCCUCCUGUCGGAGGUGGACAAGACCACGGAAACCGCCAUGGAAUACUGGUUCCACUGCCUGGACAUGGAUGGCGAUGGGAUUCUGUCCAUGUAUGAGAUCGAGUUCUUCUAUGAGGAGCAGCUGAUGCGCCUGCGCCAGGCCAACAUCGACGCCUUCAACUUUGAGGACAUGCUGUGCCAAAUGCUGGAUUACAUCCACCCAGCCCGGGGGACGGUCCUGACACUGGCCGACAUUCGCAAGAGUGGCUUUGCGCCGCUCUUCUUCGACACCCUCUUCAACCUGGCGCGCUUCAUUGACCAUGAGUCGCGUGACCCGGCGGCCAUCCGUCGCGAGCGCCUCAAGGCCAAGGUCAGCGAUUGGAUCAAGUUCGUGGACCAGGAGUACAGCACUUUCAUUUCCAUGGAGGAGGAUGAGCCGGAGACGCGGCAGAGCAGCUGCUCUGGCGGUUACGAAACCGCUUCGAUGCAGCAUGGAGGAGGAGCCGAGCAGGCCCCGGAUGUGGAGAUGGCUGCGCCGGACGGCGGGGUCGAUGACUUUGCCAAGUAGGCGGUUUCCUCCGGUUCUCCCUCUCUCUCUCUCCCUCUCUCUCUGUC